AUGAUAUCGUGCUUCCACACUUUUUGCUGUAAGUGUUUGGAGGAACAUGCAAGAAAAAGCCACAGACAAAGAAAAUUCCGAUGCCCCGAGUGUCAGGCGGAAAUCGAUUUACCAAAAGACAAUCGCUUCGACCGUUUGCCCACCAGCUUUCACCAUAACAGUUUGCUAGGUCUCCUUCAAAAAAAAGAUCGCGAGGCGUUGAUGAAGCCGCCAUUUUGCUCGCAACACAACGAAAGAAUUCGUUAUUUCUGCUCUUCCUGCGAAGCGUGUGUUUGUCCUGUUUGCCUCGCUCAACAACACCAACGACAUGAGUUCAAAGUUAUUGAAAAGGCAGUGCAAGAAGAUAAGAAAUACAUUAUGUCAAACGUUGAGUCUCUCAAAGAAAAGGCAAAUUUGUUUCGAGCCGACAUACGAAAACUGAACAAAACAUCUGAGAAUGCGCAAACGAUGAUCGCAAUCGCCAAGCAUGAAGUGUCAGAGGCAGCUACCCACGUGAUCGUUAAGACGCGUCAGCAAGAAGAGCAGUUGUUAAAGUCCCUAGAAAUGACGCGUACGAAGAGAAUAGAGCGAAUCAACUCGGCUAAACAAGAACUCGAAUCUCUGGUGAAACAAAUGAACCAAGCAGCUGAGUUUGCGGAGAAUCUGGUGCACAGAAGCUCAGGCUUCGAUAUUAUAAAGACCAAAACAACUCUGAGGCACAAAUUUGAAAAACUUCAUAGAGUUGAAGUUCCAAAACAUCGCCAAGCUACAUUUGUCCAAUUUACCGCAGCAUCACAAAAAGACUUGAAACUGGGUUUUAUUCAACUCGCCGAGAAACCGGCAAAAGCAGCCAACUCAACUCUGGAAAUACCGGAUCAGAAUUUUCAGGCUGGUGUAGAAGCAGAGUUUACGUUAUGUCCAAAAACUUCUGGAGGGGAGACUAGUGACCAGGCCGAGGAUACGGAUCAAGUUGAAUUGCUGAUAAAACCCGCCAAAGAUGUAACAAACGUAAUUGUGCAAGAAAAAGAAGAUGGCAAUCUUAGACUGAAGUUUAUACCUAAAGUGCCUGGCGCCUACAGUGUUGAAGUGAAGAUUUAUGGCGAAAAGCCUCCAACCUGUCCGUUCCCUUUGCCAGUGAAGGAACGUGAAAUUGUCGUGGUCGGUGAGUUGGACUUGAAGUUCAUACAAGGGCAUGUGUUAAAAGAACCUCAUGGAUUGGCUGUUAACAAGCAAGGUGACAUCGUCGUCAUAGAUAAUCACGGACAUUGUGUUUAUGUGUUCAAUAAAGAAGGACACUGUUUAAGACAAAUUGGAAAAGAAGGAACAGAUCCUGGACAAUUCAAAUAUCCCAGUGGGGUGUUAUUUUUAAAUGACAACGAAAUUUUUAUUGCGGAUCAAUAUAAUAAUAGAAUACAACACUUAAAUAUCCACCCAGGUUCUGUUUUAAAAACCUUUGGACAAAAAGGUGAGGGAAAAGGACAGUUUAGGUUUCCACUUAGUAUUUCUCUUGACGAUACAGAACGUAUUGUUGUCACUGAAUUCCUUAACAAAAGAGUUCAGGUAAUGUCAAGAGAGGGUGAAACUGUAUUCACAAUAGGAGACAGUGGACCAGAGAGACUCAGCAGACCACACAGCUGUAUUCCUUACAAAAACAUUUUCCUGGUAUCUGAAAGAGACAAUCACUGUAUAAAAGCAUUUGAUUCGUCAGGAACGUUUUUGUACAAGUUUGGAGAAAAAGGAAAUCAAGAUGGACAGUUCAACACACCUCGUGACAUGUGUUUAGACGGCUCUGUUAACCUCCUUGUGUGUGACCAUAACAACAACAGAGUUCAGCAACUUUCUUUAGACGGUCGCUUCACAGGAAAAACUAUCGUUCCUCUACAAGGUCCAAUUAGAAUUGUCACAACACCAGAUGGGCGUAUACUAGUCUCUUGCAUAGCCGCUAAGAAAAUAUACAUACUGAAGUAA